AUGAGAGUUGGAUUACAAAAAAAUUAUGGACCUACUUAAAUAUUCCCAGAUAAUAAACAAUAAAGAGCUUCAUCAUUUUAUGCUAUUACUAAUCAUUAUCUAAAAGCAUAAGUUAAUAAGAAUGAUCAGAAAUCUAAAUCAGUGAAUACAUAUGGAGUUGAAUGUAAUUUAGAAUAAUAUUUUAAAUAGAGAGAGACUUUUAUGAUUAAUUGAGAUUAAAAGGGAAGGCAAAGAAAAGNAAUACAUCAACAGGUAAAAAUUCAGGGUCAACAAAUGGAGAUUUUAAAUAUCUAAGUAUUUCAGGAAUCUCUUUUAAUUGA